GCCAUGGUCGGAAGUGGGGUUGAAUGUAAAAUUUUGUGGUUUCGAAGAACGCUUAAGUGGCGAAUUAAUGUGAUGUGAAGGAAAGCUAACCGCCUCAUUCCCUUGCAGUCUAAUCACAGACCACCCCUUUUUUUCAGCCUUAGGGGAGGGAGCCUUUAAUAAUGGUCUGUGUAAACUGAUGCCCAGGCGGUAUGAGUUCGAAGAAGCGCUGCUCGAACACGUUGAAGCGGAGCAAAGAGCAACCCCCAAGGACAACAGCUCCCCAAACAAAAAAAAUUGCUUCGAACAACCAACCCACCCAAACGGCUGCAAUGGCUCUGCUGGCGCGAAUCCUGAAAGCCCGUGUGAGCCCGGCGCCCGGGCGGGGCGGGUUCCUGGGCGCCGGGGCCCCGCGGCCGUCCCGGCCCGAGGGCGCCCGGCUGCCGGCGGGGGCGCGGGCCGAGGACAAAGGAGCGGGACGGCGGGGAGCGCCGCGGGCCGGGGGCCAGGCCGAGGGACCCCGCAGCCUCGCCGCCAUGCCGGGGCCCCGCACGCUCGCCAACCUGGUGGAGUUCUUCUGGAAGGACGGCUUCAGCCGCAUCCACGAGAUCCAGACCGAGACAUGGUGGCUCAGGUGCUCCGGGCAGAGGGGGCCGCGCCCCAGAGAGCCAACAUGGGGUCCUGGCAGGAGUACCGACACUUGCGAGGGAGAUCCACCGGGCUCAUCUCGGCGGAGGGUGAACAGUGGCUCAAGAUGAGACGUGUACUGAGACAAAGAAUUCUGAAACCAAGAGAUGUGGCCAUUUUUUCAAGCGAAAUCAACCAAGUUAUUGCUGAUUUAAUUAAAAGAAUCUACGUCCUCAAGAGCCAGGCAGAAGAUGGAGAAACGGUGACCAAUGUCAAUGACCUUUUCUUCAAAUAUUCAAUGGAAGGAGUGGCCACCAUCCUUUAUGAGAGCCGCCUGGGCUGCCUGGAGGACAGCAUCCCGCAAGACACCGUGGACUACAUCGAGGCCCUGGGGCUCAUGUUCAGCAUGUUCAAGACCUCUAUGUACGCGGGCGUCAUCCCCAGGUGGCUCCGCCCAUUCAUCCCGAAACCUUGGCGGGAGUUCUGCAGGUCCUGGGACGGACUCUUCAGAUUCAGCCAAAUCCAUGUUGACAACAAGCUGAAGGACAUACAGUCCCACAUGGACAGCGGGGAGAGUGUGAGAGGGGGGCUGCUCACAUGCCUCUUCCUCAGCCAGGAGCUGACGCUGGAGGAGAUCUACGCCAACAUGACGGAGAUGCUGCUUGCUGGCGUGGACACGACAUCCUUCACGUUAUCCUGGGCAGUGUAUCUCCUGGCGAGGCACCCAGAAGUGCAGCAGACGGUGUACCAGGAGAUCCUUAAGAAUUUGGGGGAUAGGCACGUCCCAACAGCAGCCGACGUCCCCAAAGUCCCACUGGUCAGAGCUCUGCUGAAGGAAACACUGAGGCUGUUUCCAGUGUUGCCAGGUAAUGGCCGAGUGACCCAGGAAGACCUGGUCAUUGGCGGGUACCUCAUUCCCAAAGGCACCCAGCUGGCCCUCUGCCAAUAUGCCACAUCCUAUGCGGAUGAGAACUUCCCUCGGGCCAAGGAGUUCCGGCCGGAGCGCUGGCUGCGGAAGGGAAGGCUGGACCGAGUUGACAACUUUGGGUCCAUACCCUUUGGGUAUGGGGUUCGGAGCUGCAUCGGGCGGAGAAUCGCAGAGCUGGAGAUCCAUCUCCUCGUGAUCCAGUUGCUUCAACAUUUUGAAAUCAAAACAUCCUCUUGGACUAAAGCUGUUCCUGCAAAAACCCAUGGGCUGCUGACGCCAGGGGGGCCCAUCCAUGUGCGUUUUGUUAACAGAAAGUGAGCCUGGAUUUUUAAACCCAGCCAGCUGCCUGACACACACCGGUGUUCCAGUGUUCCUGAUGACAGCAAUGGAGAGAAACCAUCACUUUUACAGGCUGUCUUCGUGAUAAAUUGCCCCCCUCUCCCCAGGUUCUGGGAGACUUGUACAUCUUUAUGCAAAGUAAUUUGAAAAGAUUAUUGGACUUUGGCAAACCAGUGUAGCUUUUUCUUUGGAGAAACGACUGUUUAAAAAGGAGGGGCACUGAAUCCUGGUGUCUCCUCCGUGGUCUUACCCUUGUGUUGUACUUGAUAUUCAAUUAAUUAUAGUCUCCUAUGCAUUUGUGCAAGGAAGUGUUGGUUUACUUACAAAUUCUGCGCUUGAACAUAUGUCCUGUUAUACUGCACCGGGACUCUAUGUCAGGAGGCCAAUGCAACUGUUUCUAAUUUGAAGAGGGAACAUACGAGUGUCUCUGUAAUACUGUAAGUAUGAGAGGAAAGCACCAGAAUCAACAUUUUAUCCUGAGUACCGGUUUUAGAUCCUGCAGAAGGGCUCAAAAUUAACAGGACCAUAUUCUUAUUUUUCUCUCCAAACUGGUGCUUCCUUUUCCAGUAAGAGCUCCUGAAGAAGUUGAAGAUUAGCUUUUGUUUGAAAGAAAUAAUCAAUGAAAAAUAGAACUCCUGGUGGAAUCCAGAAUAAUUGGGUUUUAUGACCAAGUGUAAACACUAAAAAGAUGUAUAAGAAAAUCUGACUGUGGAAUUUUAUUGCCUCAGUUGAGAAAAAUGAAUUAGACAAGCAGCGUGGAGAACUGUAUAACUUUAGAACAUUUUUAUUUUAAGGAAAAAUAAAUAUAUAAGUGGACAUGCUAUAGAUAAAAUAAUAUUUUGAUCUUCAUGGUGUUGUUUUAAAUAUCUGAACUGGAGAUGUGAUCCAGCUGUUGGUGCUUAUGUAAGGCUCCAACCGGAUGCUUAGGGCCUCAGGAGUGUUCGUUCAUGCCAAGCUCUUUUGCCUUUCACGCUACUUGCUGAUCGUUAAUAAGAAAAAGCACCAUUUUGUAACAUUCUCCUUGCAUAGUCAUGCUUGAAAUGGCUUCUUCUCAAUCCCACAAAUCUUUUCACACACUCCUUCCCCCAAAUCACUUUCCUACUAAUACAUACCACACAGCUCCCCCUGCACUUUAGUUAGUCAUGUCGCAAAAUAACCCUUAAAUAAAAUAGAAAUAAUAGUCAUUUCACAUCCCGUCUUUGUUAAAGUACGUAACAACGUUAAAUCUGUGUGUGAAGGCAGCACAAUUCUAGUCUGAGCGCUAUGGAAACAUGUAUAGUUAAAUAUGAAAUUAUGUCAUAAUAACUGACAAGAUGUUGGAUUACUUUGAGAUCUAUAAACUUUUAUAAGCUCGCUACAAUUUUCUUCUGUUUGUAACUGAAAUUAAAAAGUACUGAGACAAAUGAAGCGACUUGAAGCGACCUCUUGCUCUACAACGCAACCCUCUUGGGCAGCGUGUCCCUGCCUGGUGAUGGGUCUGUGGUGAAGACAGUGAUAACACCCGAGCCUGCUGUUCUGUCUCACUGGACAGAGGGACAGACUGACCUUAGGAGCCUCCUGAUGUGAUGCAACAGGAAGCAUGUGGCACCAACUACGUUGUUCUUACGGAAGAAAUGGAAAUUGUAUCGGAUAGGUCUGUAGAUCUACUACCAGUCUGUAGGAAACACAGGUUAUAGAGGGACUUGUGAAAACUCCAAGACAGAUACCGUAUGAUCUCUCUCAUAAGUGGAAUCUAAAAACAAAAAAACAAAUGACUAAACAAAAAGCAGAACCAGGACUAUAAAUACAGAGAAAAAAGUGAUGGAUGACUAAGGGAAUUGGGGGUUGGGAAAAAUGGGUGAAGGGGCCUGGGAGGCACAGGCUUCCAGUUCUGGGAUGAAUAAGUUGUGGGAAUGAAAGGCACAGCACAGGGAAUACAGUCAGUGGUAUUGUAGUGCAAGGCAUAGUGAGGGUAGUUACAUGUGUGCUGAGUGUAACAUAAUGUGUCAAGUUGUCCAAUCCAAGGUAAUAUUGUGUCAACUAUACUCAAAUAAA